UCACCAUUUGUCAAUCCUGCAAAUCCAACUGCUAAACCAUGAGGCUCAUUGAGUCACCAACAACGCGAAAUUAAUUCCUGGUGCAUAUAUUCUAAGAUCGUCUCAUUAUUUCUGUUCCUUUGUCAGGCUUUAAUCCCUAUAUAACAUAUGCUUCAUCCACUUCUCACUCAUUACUGGAGGCUAACUCAAUAAGCUACCGAUCUCCUACCUCGGUUAUACUAAUUUUUACGCACUUUCCGUCAAGGCAUGGUCGGGAAUCUCAAUCAAAUCGAUACUUUCAUGAAUCGGAUAUAUACUUGAAAUAGACCUGUGACGGAAGGUCCAAUGCCGAUUAUCAAACCAGGACAAAAGCAACAAAAUCAACAAAGACGUAUUGGACUAAGUGCAAGACAACAGCCAACUCGCCUUUUAUCGCAGAUUGGAGGUCAGACCACUGCAGUCAAACAUGAGGUCCCCGCCUCUCAAAUGAGAGGAGGUGGGAAGGUUCGAGAACCCAAGUCUAUCGAUGCACCACCUGAGAGCAGUAGUGAUGAGGAAAAGGACUACCGCCGAUUGCAGGACUCCGAUGAUGAUGACAAUGGGAGUCAAUAUGUAGAUAUCAAGCCCACUACUUUCAACAGUUCCCAGCAACCUUCUUCGCAGACAAGGAAUCCGCGGGGAAGUGCACGAGAAAAACCCACACAAUCAUCAAAAGGGAAGAAAGCCAUACGCAACUCUCAAUCUGACGAGCCCUCGAGCUCAGCUGGCUCGAAAAGGGCUGCCGAGGAGGAUCCCGCCCCCGAAGUGAGUAGUCAUUUAACGGAUGAAUUUGGUUUCACAGGGAAGAAGACCAAGAAAACCAAAUCUAAUACAAGACGUCCUGCGACUUAUUCCUCAUCCCAACCGAAGUCUUCACAACCGAGAUUGUCACAGAAAUCUGCCUUUAGAUCUUCGGCUACGCGACCUAGUAAGUGACGUAUAGUCCUCACCUUCUGUGAAGAUUGCUAACGUCAUUUCCCACCAAUUCUUAGAUCAAUCACCACCACCAAGCAAAUCAUUCAAGACAUACCAAGAUAGUCCAGGUUCUACAAUUGAUCCAUCCCCUCCAGCGAAGAGAUUCAUUAAACCUGAAAGUCUCAGCCCGGAGAAGGUUAAGUCCUCUAGGUCAUUCAAAUUACCAUCUUUGAGUUCAAGUCCAAGUCAAGUCAAACCCUCGUUUCGACAUGCUUCUUUGCUUUCAGACGAAUCACCAGCAAAGAGCAAAAUCA